GUUGAUUUGGUCCAUUUCUGGUGUUUUGUUGACAGCUAUUUCAAAUUAUACUUUUUGACAGAGAUUAUCCACCUACAGGAAGUUCUACACUAAUAAUAAACACUCUCAGUCUGUUGACUUGCUCCAUCACUGUGCAAUUUUGCUGACUGUGGAAUAAGAUCUAAGAGAGUGAGUUUAAGUUACUGCGCUUGUAGAGUUUUGGCUCCGUCGCAAUCGUAUUCGCUUUAGUCCAGACUCGAGUCCUCAAACUGUACUUGAAUGCACCUGCAUCCCAUCUUAUGUCUGCCAUUCUCUUCAACCAUAGUAAUUCUACCCCCACUACAGGCCUUUCUUCUACAGCUCCUACCCACAAGGCACACAUGUCAACCCACAGUGUUAGUCAGCCCACUGCUUCGUCCAUAGAUCCGGUAGAACUUGAACGAGUGUUUUCUUUUUUCACCACUAGAGCAUUAGUUGUUCCUUGGCACAUUUACGAUCAUCUCGCUAUCCAUCUCACUGCCGAUAUACUGGUUUUUAUUCUUACAAAAUGGCAUGUCCUGUCUGACGCUCCUAUAUUGCGUGCUGGCUUUCUUUUGGGUCUUUUAUCUUCUCCCCGUAAACGGUUUCCUGCGGAUUUGAAACUACCGGCAGACAAGCUCAUUGAGCUUGGACGUGCUGACCCUCACCCGUAUGUGCGUCUUGUUGGAGAUAUGCUCAGUACAUGGGUUUCAAACGGUUACAUCAAUUCCACCUGCGUUCUUCAAAUUCCUGAACUGUCUUCUGGUUUAUAUCCACUACGUCAGAAAUUAUCUACCAUUCAGUUAUUUCCUAAAGUGCUCGUCUUUAUUAGUCAUAUAGCACGCAAACACUCUGCAUUACCAUUCUCUCGUCCAGCAUCUGCCAUUUCCAGCACACCUAUUUCUCCUACAUCUACUUCCACACUCGCCUCUAAUGAGGUGUUUACUUUCAAACCAGAAUAUGCAAUUAGACCCCUUCAUGAGCGUAUUGCUGAAUAUGGUAUUGACUUGACCCAAGUCGAUACUUCCAUGUCGCAUAAUCGUUCAAGCUCGGGUAAAUCUCCACUCGCUUCAACCCCGCUGGGAAUUCGCAAACGACCCAACUCUAAUAGUGCCUUUUUACGUCCUGCCCAAAGACUUGCCACAAAUACUCGGCGUUUUAGUCAUGGAUUUUCAUUCAGCACGAGUUCUACUGGUUCACCGCAUGCAUCUUCACCUGGUGCCAUUACUCCUGUAAGAGCAAAAGGAUUUCAAAAGGAAUCCAAAAUCAAAAUGAUUGAUAUUGAGCAGGCUGUAGAUAUCGAAAAGAUUAAAACGGAGGCUCAAAAAAAGAUUGAAGAUGAUGCUCAAGCCGAAAAAAUGCGUAAAGCACGCGAACGAGACAAGGCAGCGCAGGCUAGACGUGAGGCUAAAGAGCUUACACAGAAUGAACGUCGCAUGAAAAGAGCCAAGCUGGAUGAAGAAAGAAAAGCAAAACUCGAGUUCAAGGACAAGACUGAGCGUAAACUCAAGGUAUCGGCUUCUGAAGAUUCCGUCGAUAAACCUAUUUGUCUUGGUUCCACGGAUGUUGCGUCAGACAAUGAUGAAGAUUUAUUUAAUGCUGCUGCUGGCAUCAAAAAACGUGGUACAAUCUCACUGGGACAAUUCUCUCAGUCUCCUAAACAGAGUCAAUCAUUACCUCUGAUUGAUCCGCCAUCUGUUCCUGCACCUGCACCUGCUCCCGACCCUAUUCAAAAUCAGCCAUCCUUCAAUACCCCCAAGAUUGCAUUUGAAGAUGUCAUAUGCGGAUCUACGGACCUUUCACCCGAAGAUUCCAAUCUAAUCCAAGACUUUCUACUUGGCCGCUACCUUAGUACGAAUGACACCAUCAGGGAAAUUAAACUCAAUGAGCAUGUUUAUGAUGACCCGACUGGUGUGCGCAAGCGUGAGAGCAUGUGGAUUAUUCUAGACUAUAAAAAUUGUAAAUGGCGUAAAGUAAAGCGUACCGUAAGAAUCAACGUGGUUGCCACUGUUGACUAG